AUGCUGAGACUUCAUUUGACCGCCAACAGCCGAGGCCAUGAUCAGAUGUUUGAUGCAAGGAUGGCGCCACCCUGCUCAGCCGGCCGGGGACCUGACCAGAAUCACCUCAAGUGCGAUCCUUGUGGACCGGGGCUUUAUGGAGUCCAGGGCUUUUGCCAAGCAUGCCCUCCAGGUUCAAUUCCAUCUGAAGACCGCGGCACAUGUGAAGACUGUCCCAUGUUCCACUAUUCCACGAGCGGUGUCGACCAGUGCGUGGCCUGCAGCUUCCCGUUGGCGUUGGUGGACAACCACUGCGUGUGGUGGCACUUGCCACUUUUGGCACUUGGCUUGGGAGGCUUUGUGGUGGCCGCUCGCUUACUCUGGUCGGUGCUCCGUGCUCGACGAGCUCAAAGAAUUGAACGUGUCCUGGAGGAAGUCUAUGAGCACCUGUGGGAUGAGCGGCCGCAGAUCAUGUCCACGUACUCCAAGAAGUUGAGUCGUCUUGGGCUAUUGGCGACGGAGUUGGAGCAACAUCUUGCAGACAUGCGUGCCCUGCAGAGUAAAAGAGCCGGUGUGAGUCUGAGGUACCUCCUUUCAGCUGAUUUUGCCCAACUGGCCAUGCAACGCACCGGCAGAGAUGACCCCACCUUUAUGGACAUGAAGAGCGCCUUCUGGCUGUCAAAGGACCCCAUCGGCCAAGACAUCAUUUGCCCUCGCGACGGCCAAGCGGGUUGCGCUCUGGUGGAUUGGAUGCCGGUUGAUGAGCGCCGCGAACAGACGCACUAUUUGAGCUGGACCUGGCAAUACAGCCUGCAGCAGGUUCGAUGCGCCUUGGACAUGUUCCACAACAGAACUGCUGGUUUUCAUUGCUACUUCUACAUGUGCUUCUUUGUGAACAACCAGUUCCGAAUCAUAGUUCAACAGACUAGCAGUGGGAGCGACAAUCUGGAAGAUGUGUUUGAAAGCAACCUCAAGCGGAUCGGCAAGAUGGUCGCCAUUUUAGAUACAUGGGACCAGCCUGUGUAUUUAUCUCGAGUGUGGACCGUUUACGAGCAGUAUGUGGCCUCCACAAUUCAAGUUGAGGUGCAAUUCAUCAUGCCGAAGGCUGCCGCAUUGCGCUUGCGACAGCACAUCGCCUCGGGCUCCGAAGGCAUCGACGAAGUGAUCGAAUCCCUCAGUCAGGUGGAUUCGAAGCAAGCCAAAGCGUGGGCGGUGGAGGAUGAACGCAAAGUGACACUUGCAUUGUGCGGAGACGGUGGGCUUCCAAUACGUGGAUUCUCACGUGACGGAUGUCAUGAUCACGUGGAUUGGAACAGUCGUGGAGCAGACAUUUCGACAGUUGCUGGAGACCUCGCGGGCGAAGAAGCAGCAUCGCUACGAGCUCCAGUCGUCGGCCGGGUAAGAAUGCAAGACUCUGAACCGAGGAGGAGCAGGUCUUUUCAGUUGUGCAGGAGCUGCCUUGCAGGAAAUCGAAUUCUGCAGAGCCCAUCUUCGGUUGCGACUCUGCGCCCCCCUGGACAGCCCUGCAGGCUGUCCUACUGGGCGCCGCUGUGCCAGAAGCGCCCAGUGAACUGCCCAGGUGAUUUUUUUGAAUUUUAA